AUGGCCGGAACAACAAGACUCUUUGGGAGCGAGGCUCUGCCUUGCCUCCUGCCAUACGUGCUGGGGUCAUGGAUCAUCGUCGCGCUGUUGGCGGUGCUGUACCGUGCGGCGCUGCCAAAGCCUCUACCUGGCAUCCCGUACAACCAAGAGUCGGUAGGGCGCAUCUUUGGCGACCUCAAGGACAUGCGCAAGGCGAAAUACCGGCGUCAGUGGAUCUGGAGCCAGCCGCGACAACACGGCGCGCCCCUCUCGCAAGCCUUUUUGUUUCCGUUUAGGAGGCCGACCGUCAUCGUGUCGGAUUACCGCACCGCCGUUGACAUUUGCUCGCGCAGAAUCAAGGAGUUUGACCGCGGCACAAGAAACAGGGAGUGCGUGGGCGUCACGGCGCCCAACUUUCACUUUACCAUGGAGUCGCGGGACCCGCGGUUUCGGAUGCACCGCGAGAUCUUGCGGGACCUCAUGUCGCCGUGGUUCUUGAACGAGGUCGCUGCACCACGGGUCUACGACAAGGCAGCUCUCCUCGUCGACCUUUGGCGAACAAAACAGAGCAAGGCGCAUGACCGCCCGUUUGCUGCCGGCCACGACCUGUACCUGGCAACCCUGGACAUGAUUUCGAGCGUCGCCUUUGGCAUGGAAGAGUCCAAAUCCGCGCUCAAGGGCGAGCUCUACGCCGCGCGCAGCUUCAACCCGAGCGCAUUCGAGGUCGAGACCGAGCCCGUCUGCUUCCCGCCGGCGCCCGAGGACCCGGAGAUGGAGGCCCUGAUGGACAUUCCGGACAUGAUUGCCGUCGCGCAGGCGAGCCCGUUUCCGGCACUGGCGCAGUGGCUGGCGCUGCUCAAGCCAAAGCAUGCGCGUGCGCACUGGCAUAGGCGGGCCUUGCUGAAAAGGCAGACGGAACGGUGUCUUUAUAGCCUUGCGCUGCUGGGAGACAAGAAUGCGCCGGAUAGCGCGCUGCACCAGCUGCUCUGGAGGGAAAAGAUGGCUGCGAGUCGGGCCGGCAGACGGCCGGACUUUUACUCGCCAGCCAUUCGCGACGAGGUCCUGGGAUAUCUCCUUGGUGGCCACGACACGACCGCCACGCUCCUCGCGUGGUGGACAAAGUACAUGAUGCGAUAUCAAGACGUGCAAGCCCGCCUCCGUCAGGCCCUGAGGGAGGCUCACCCGAAUGCCUCGCUCGAGGGCCGCCCCCCGACCAUGUCCGAAAUCUCAUCCGCCUCGGUUCCGUACCUCGAUGCCGUGCUGGAGGAGACGCUGCGCUGCGCCUCGGUCGCGACGCUGAUUGUGCGCAAGGCGACGUGCGACACCGAGAUUCACGGCUACCACAUCCCCAAGGGCACGGAUGUGGUCAUUCCCCUGACGGGGCCGUCGCUGACCGAGCCGGCGCUUGAAGUCUCACACUCGUCGCGAGAAAAAGCCGAAGGGAGCGCCAGAGUUUCUGCGUGGUCGGACGAUGACAUUGAACAGUACAAGCCGGAGCGGUGGCUGCGAACCGAGACGGAUGCCCUCGGCCAGACAGUCGUCGUGUUCGAUGCACAAGCCGGGCCGAACCUCGCCUUUUCAACUGGACCGAGGCAGUGCUUUGGCAAGAAGCAGGCGCUUCUGCAGAUCAAGACGACGGUGUCGCUGCUGCUGUGGGAGUUUCAGUUUGAGCCCGUCGAGGGAUCACUCGGUGGCUGGGAGAUUCAAGAGAGACUGGUCAACCUGCCCAAGCACUGCUACGUCAAGCUGAGCAAGGCGUAG